AUCUGUACUGAUCACCAACAAGUAAAUCAUGCAAUUGACUAUAAUGACACGAUCUCCCUGUCAUGCGUUACAUCUAAUCUCGCCCUAUACAGGUGCGCUAGAUUAGUUUCAGAGCUGUUCUCUUCCGUGUAUCAGCAGUUCUUAUCCAAGAUGAGUCUUUAAAGAGGUUAUCGGUGAAACAGAUAUUCAAUGAGUUGUCUAUGUUAAGCAAGUGCAGACGAUGCUGAGUAAUCGAAAUAUGACAGGAGAGCUUUUAGGUGUCAGUGGCCCAUAAAUUUUAAGUGAAGGUAUUUUUUAGAGACAUGUUCAGUAGUCAAAGAAAGGUGUUGUGAUAUUUUGAUUGAUCUUACCUUUAUGGACAACCAGUGUGUUCAACUUGAACCCUAAGGAAGGACAUUAUUGGUACUUUUAAAUUCUGAACCACGUAGUGCUGACAAGAAUGGGUCAAAAUACAAGUGUUCCAUCUGGAUCACAUUUGGGACGAAGGAGAUCUUUUCGUAAUUCCUGGCGCUCUCCCUUUCCUCGGCGAUCCCACACGCACAAGAGCUCUUUAAGUGCUGCUGUCAAUUUCAUAGAUGUUGAUCCCAAGCAUAUAGAACUGUUAAAUGUAAACACAGCCAGUGAAGAAGAGUUAAUGACGCUGCCAGGGAUUACAAGGCACAUUGCACGAAGCAUUGUGGAAUAUCGUCAAGCUAUUGGAAGGUUUAAGAAAGUUGAAGAUCUUGCUCUAGUGUCUGGUGUAGGAGCAGAGAAACUGGAUUUGAUUCGCCCAGAGAUAUGUGUUAGGAGCAAAAAUGCAAGUUGUGCAUCAUCUCGAGCACAGUCCUUUGACAGUAUAGCAAGUUCAGAGUUUUCUCAGGCUGGAUCUACUAGCCGAACUGUAGAUGUGAACUCUGCAACAGUUUUUGAGCUGAUGACUGUAAAUGGCCUUAACCAAGAACUUGCAGCUAACAUAGUUGAACACAGAUUAAGGAGAGGGCCAUUUAGAACAUUAGAGGAUCUGGCAAAGGUGAAAGGGAUAUCACACUUAAGACUUGGAGCCAUACGUUCACAGAUAACAAUGAACCUGCCAGAAAAUUUGCCAGUAAGAAAUGGUUACGUGCCACACAUGAUACCGGAGAAUUCCACUUCAUCUCUUGAAGGUCACAAAAGAAAACCGCAAACAUCACUAAAAUAUGGCACUUCAAAUGGAUUCCUGGCUAUUGGAGAUAUUUUUGAGAUGCUUUCAGCAUCAACUCCACGACCUAUAGUUGAAGAAGAUUUCCAGUAUGAACGUAAUGGUAAACCAGCAAUAAGAAUAGCAUCAUGGAAUCUUCAGUGCCUCACAGUGGAAAAAAUAGAGAAUCCUGGAGUGAAAGAGAUAUUUUGCCGAACAAUACUGGAAAACAAGUUUUCUGUGAUAGCUGUUCAGGAAGUUAUGGACAGUUUUACUUUAAAAAAGAUAUGUGAAGAACUUAACAGUCCAACACUACGUAAAGUUGCAGAAUGGAAGGAUAAUUCAAAAAACUGGAAGUGCUGCACCUGUGAGAAAACAGUUGAAAAUUUCAAGGGUUCAGCUGGCCUUGGAUUUAUUUAUGAUUGCAGGAAUGACCUGCAGAUUCUGCAAGUAAAGGAAGUUGAACUAAGUGAAGCCUGUCCUAAGUUGGCACGCAGUAUUGGAGUCCUGCUAAUGAAAUUCAAGGUUACUGAUACUGUAAUAUCAUUACUUAAUAUGUAUGUAAAAGACAGCAAUGAAGAUUCCUUCUCCAGUAUAGAGCAGAUGACACAUGAUAACUUCCAAGAAGAUGAGUUACUAAUAAUAUUAGGAGAUUUCACUGGCCUUAAGAAAAACAAAGAGAUGGAUGAUAGUCUGAAAGUACAUUAUAGGACGAUAAUUCCUACCACAAUUUCUACAAAUGCUAAUGAGAAUCCAGUGGUAAAAUAUGCAGAUAACGUCCUUCUUAACAAAAAUGCACAAUCACUGUUUACAGGUGUUUGGGGUAUUGUGAGGCAAGGUCUGUCACAUCUCGCUAUUCCUAAAGGAUGGCUGUGGGGUGGCUGUGCCACAGAACAUUGCCCGGUGUGGUGUGAACUUUUCACAGGCACUACUGUGCAGCACAGCUGAGUUGUAACACAUCACAUUCUCCUGAAGUAAACAGAGAUAUCAUAUUGAUAGUUAAUAAUAUUUAUCAUAUGUUUUUCUCUCAAAUAGUUUAUGUUCGUAAUAUUUAAUUUCAUCAUUCCACACGCAAUUAGUGCCACAAAUUAUACAUGUAUUUUCUAGUUAUUAGAAAUACUAAAUCUGUAGCAGACAAUAGUUGUGGCAGGCUUACCACAGAUAAAGCAAAUAACAAAGAAGUUUUGUGUUGCACUUGAGGGAAAAUGCACAGAAAAAUAAUUUAAGAUGCAGGAAUUUUGUGAUUUGCAUUGCUGAUCUUACUUAUUGCAUUGUUGAUUUAUUGUAUAAUAUUUAUUGUGGAAUUAGAGUGUGUGUGUGUGUGUGUGUGUGUGUGUGUGUGUGUGUGUGUGUGUGUGUGUGUGUGAGUGAGUGAGUGAGUGAGAGAGAGAGCGAGAGAGAGAUAUAUAUUCUUUCCUGCUUGUUUUAAGUAUGUGUGGUAUCAGAUUGUUCUUGCCUUUGUAAGUUUCACAGUAUUAUAAGUCUUCCCAUAAUUGUCUAACAGAAAUAUAUUUUAUACUCGUGUAUUGUUCUGUCUGGAAGAUAAAGUAUCGAGAAGUAGAUGUAAAGAUGCCAUUAUCUGUGAUAGAUUUUGUAACACAGUGUAAUGGUUCAUAGACUGAAAUAACUCCAAACUUCACAUCACAUUUAAUAUACAUAUAUAAUCAUUCAAUCUCAUAUAAUUGACCAGAUUUUCUUUUAAUUAAGAAGUGAGAAGUCAUACCUGGAUCUACUGAUAUUUAUAAUACUAUUUUAUUGUAGGUGACAGUCUUCAGUUAACUCUAUGAUGCAAAAUAUUUGCUUUGGAAAAGCAUCACAACUUUUAAAUUGUUAAGACAUUUUAGAUUUCACUGACAGGUGCUCUUACACCAAUCCUGUUGUGCGUAAUUUGUCAUGUUUUGUGAUAUUGUAGUUGAAUUAAUGAUUUGAAGUUUUAAUUUAUAUACUGUAUUCUUAGAAUAUGUUGUGCAAAACCAGAAACAAUCAAGUAUAUUUUAAAUUUUGAUGCUGAGAAACAUUUAUUUCACUAUGUAAUGUGACGCAGAUGUUGAGAACCAGAAUUUUGUUCUUGAAAGCAAAUGCUAAACUGCUAGUGCAUCCUACUGUCAUCAUUCACUAUAGUUUGUACAGUAAUUGUCUGUGAGGGUAUUCAGCCUGUUCAGACUUGAAAACUAUUUUAUUAUGUGUUGUGAGUCCUUUAUGGAUCAAGGCUUUUGCUGUUAAGAAUCUAUGUUGCUGAUGUUGCCAUCAUCUUCAUUGAUCACAUAAUCUUGCUCACUGUGUUUGCAUUACACACACUCAAAAUACUUACACACUUAUAUGGAAAAUAAUUAAUUACAGGCAGCUGUAGGGGGAGACUUUGGGAAUUUCUGAUCAUUCUCUUGAAUUUCAUAGUAAGUGGUGUACCAACUUUUUUUCCAGCUUUGUUUUUCUUCCAUCAUCUCUUUUAUUUCUGGCAUGUCACUCUGGGAGAACUCCAGCUUAACAUUAUGUGUAAUGCAGUCUACAUACUUGUGCAUAACAACACCACAGUCACUUUUGUUGCUUUGCAUUGGGAUAUGCUUCACACACCAGAUCUCCCAUAUGUCUUCACUAAGUGAUUCAGUUGAUCUCUGUGCAGCUUCUUGGUACAAGUAAUUCCAUUUAGUUAAUGGACUUGACUCAUUAUCUUCUCCCAUACUGUCAUAAUACAGGAAUGCCUGCUUUUGGAAAUAGGCAGCUGCCACACAUCAGUCAGUUCCCAGAUGAACAGGAAAAACAAAAUGUCAAGUUUGAAUACAUCUGUCUGGUCAAUUUUUUCAUGCUCUGAUAACCACAUUUAAUAAUAUUUGGGAAGAAACGUGUUGUAUGCAUACCUUUCUGAUUCUCUGUUCUGUCUCCCUGUUUGCUUUACAAGUUUCAUGUAUAAAUUCACAGAUUUGAUUGUUGAGUUAGUUUGUCCCAAAUGAAGUAACUAAAUCAGAAAGAAUCAUCAGCGAGUGAAACCCUUCACCCACCAACUCCUUAUUAGUGUCCUUGCAUUAGUCGUCGUAACCCUCUGACUCGCCAGAUGAGUGAGACGCAUUUCAGCAAUUUUAGCAGUCAUCACAUCAUACUCAUGUGGAAUAUCUUCAGGAAAACUGUUAGAUACUAUCCUUUGGUAGUGACUUCCAAUUGUAUUUCAUUGAAUAAAUGUAGUAAUGUGACCUUCUCCAUACUGCUUUUUUAGAGUCUCAUUUCUCUCUUAGCCUUUCAUCCUCUGAAUAUUCAGUUUUGUUGGGGUGUAUAGGUUUCCCCUGACCAGUUCUCCUCCCACCAAACUACUUGCAUCAUUCUCCUUCAACACGCUGAAAACAAGUUUUUUGGAAAAAUGCUGUAGCUUUUAAAUAAGAUUAUGUUUUCUACAUGUCUAAGAAGAAUGAUAUAUGUAGUGCAGAUGGAGUACAGUUGCUACUGUGGUAUGUAGAUAAGAGGUUUCAGAAAUAUAAACAUUUUAAUUUUUUUUUAUUUUGUAAAGCUGACAUAGACGGUAAUGUCUAGUGAACCAACACAUGGGACAAAUGAAACUAACAGUACAUGAUCAUUUUUCUUUUCUUUUACAUUAGUUACUCAAAAAGAAAAAUCAAUUAACAAGAUUAAGAGGUUAUAAAAAUACUAAAUGCAGUUGCAGUUUAGGGUUUAUAGUCUGGAGACACUUACAUUCUUGAAAAUCAAAGUUAGAGCAGUUUGCAAUGUAGUUUACUCCUAUUUGUGAAAGGAAACUGAAGACUUGUAUUCCUUUAUUCAGGUCAUGCCAUAUUUGAUUGUUCAGGUUAGUAGCUAGAGUUUACAACUGAAUUUUUUUUAUAUGAAAUGCUCAUUGCUAUUCUGUCAGCUUCACUUCAAAGAACUGGAGGCAGGGGGGAGAGAAGAAAGAAAGAGAGAAAGAGAGAGAGAGAGAGAGAGAGAGAGAGAGAGAGAGAAUGUGCUUGUGUGCUGCAGUGUGCAUGGGAACACAUGUGUAUCUUACGCGAGCAUACAUGCAUUCACACGUAAGAGCAUGCACACAUGUGGGAACAUGCAUGUGUAUGUGCUCUGAAGCAAAUGUGCAAAUGCGCAUGCACUUUGUCUUUCUCUCUUGGUAUAGUUUCUCGCAAAGUUAAAUCAUCCUAAUGAUCCUGUUACAUGUACAUGCAUUAACACAUGGGAGUGCGCAUGCUCAUCCACAUGUGAGAGCACACACAUGUUGUCAAGCACACAUUCACACUCAGAGAAGAAGAAAAUGGCUUGUCUAAUGUUAUGGUUCCCUGCAACCAAUAGAUAAAGUUUAGUUCACAGCAAAACAUGAAGAGAGUUUUUAAUGAACCAAUUAUUUAUGUUAACCACAAAUGAAAAUUAACUGAUUAAUACUCAAUCUGUGUCCAAUAUUUUCUCAAAUAAAGUUAUGAAAAUUAAAUGUAAAAAUAUUGUUUGAAUGAUCUUAUUGUAAAUGCUUAAAAUUAAGAAUCUUUGUUGGUACGUAAAUACAAUAGGUGCUCAUAAUUCAACAUGUUUUUGCUAUAAGGUCUUUUGAAAACAAUAAUGGCAGCUUCUCUGUAUAGUAGACCUAAUUGUCAGUACAAAAGCUUUUUGUAAAAAAAAGAUGGUAGCAUUGACUAGAGUAAUAAAGAGAAAGGGGGAUGGGAAAGAAAAUCAGUAUAUAACAAUUAACACAUACCAUAAGUAUGUAAAUACAAGGAGACCUUGCCAAAGAAAAAUAAAAUGAUAUUAUGGCAGAACUAACAGAAUAAGCAAAAAAUUACAAGUCCUAGUUUCUCUUUGGAGAUAAAUACAACAAUUUACUUCGGUACAUUUAGUAAAAGAAGUAUCAACAUACUGUUGUAUUUUUAAGAGUGGAGCUGUAGGAUAUGACUAAAAAGACAAUAUAAUUUACUUUCAAACCAAUACUCAUGUCAAGAACUGCCCCCCCCCCCCUCCCCCCACCCUCAUCUUCAGAAAAAUGUUGUUAACUUUUAGCUACAGUUGGUUUCAGUGAAUCUGUCAUGCUUCGUAAAAUACAUUCUAACUGACUAGCAUUUGGUUUUGGUUACUAAAGAUUAGUAAGCACCACAUGGGUAGAUGGCAGGAAAAAGUGAGCUGUGAGUAAUCAAAGAAUUGUGUUGUUAAAAAUGUGUUCAGGUCAAUAAUAUGAGGACAAUAUUGCUGUAAUUUUGUGUUCAAGAUAUGGGCUGUGCACUUGUACACAUUGUUUACAAUCAUUAAUUAUAUCAAAGAGAAGAUUUCUCUGGAUUGUUAGUACAGGGCUACUACAAAUGAUUCACUCAUUUUCAUAGCUCUUUAUUUUCCAAAGUAUUACAUGUACAAAUAUGAUUGAUGCAUUAAUAUAACCAUAAACCCUAUACAGCUUCAUCUGCGACACUGCACAGAAAACAUUAACAUUCAGUAAAUCUGUUUCAUUUACCACAGUUUCAUGAGGAUUUUCAGUGCCCCACAGUCACCUAUUGUGGCGAUUAACAUUUCCAUAUAAAUGCAAGGUUGCUCCAUUGCUGAAUAUCACCUUGAAGGCAAAAUGUUCAUCCUCUUGCUUUGUCACCGUUUUGUCAAGGCAUUGCACUCAUAACAGCAACUACUGGGUACAAUGCAAACUUGGUGAGUUUACAGCUCUACUUCAACAUCAGUCAUGACUAAAUGUAAUAUUUUGGAAAAUAUAGAACUUUUAAAGCAAAUGAAUUAUUUAUAGUAGCCCUGUACGUAUGCACUGGUGUCUGUGCUGUUUGUUCACGAAACCGACUCACUUUAAUUAAGUUUUAGGCAUUCCAGAUAUGCAUACGUAAACACUCAGCUGAAACAAUGUGUUGAAUUGUGUUACAAAUAGGCUACUCUUUUUACAGUGGAAAUGUUUGUAAUGUUUGAAAUAAGAACUGUUGCUUAUUAUUGUUGAUGUUGUUAUUAUUUUUUUAAGUGACUUAGUAUGGAACAGUCAUAAUUAUUUUAAAUUCAAACACUGCAUGCAGUCAGCUUUUCAACUGUUAUUUGUUAAAUGUAAAUUGAAUUCAUAACAGAAUACUACGGUUUGUUCAUGUGAAUUUCUUGUAAGCUCCCAUCAGAAACUACACCAUUACAACAGUGCUGUGGCUUAUAUUCUGAAGUUAAGUUAUCUGUAAGAUUUACUGUUUUAACAAGUGAAUUGCAUAAACUAAAAUGGCAGAGGAUUAUGACUAAACAGUAAUGUAACUGUAAGGAAGUGUGCUGUUAACAGUAUUCACAAUGAGGCUGUGAAAUUGGUGUGUUAGCCAAGAAUGACAAAUAACUGAAACUAUGUGUAAUGUGUUCUUACAGCAUUCUUCUGACCCUGUUGUUGUUAACUUUUGUUACUGUAUUCAAAUGCCAAUCUGAAAAGAUUUUGUACUUUGUUUUUUUAUGUAGAAUGUUAUUAAAAUUCUGAAUAUCAAAAAAUAA